AUGAAUAUUAAUUAUCCUUAGAAUAUCCUAAAUUUUACUCCAUUUCAAAAAUUAUCUAGAGAAAUUUAAAAAGCAAUGAAAGGUCUUCCAGUUUUUGUUUGUCCUUUUUGUAAUUUAAUGUAAACAAAUGAUAGUUAUUUUAAUCAUGUACGUUGUUUUGAUUGCAAUAGAGAUUUAUGUUCAGCUUGUUCGGUUGAUAGAGCUCCGAUAAUUGCACAUGGCAAUCAUUAUCAUAGAAUAGGUUGUUCUGAUUAUCAACCAUUAUAUUUAAAGGUCAACAAAUUAAUAAAGAAGAAUAUGAUAGGAAAAAAUGUUAAAGAUGUAAAGAAACAUUAAAGCCAUGUCAAUACCCAAUAAGUUUAGAAGAAUAUAAAAAAUAAAGAAACUUUUGAUGAUUAGAUCUUUAGUUUAAAUGAUUCAGAUUACAUAAUAUAAUUACACUGA